UGAAACGCCGCCGUCUCCCGCCUCUGCUCUCCAGGCACCUCCUCCUCCUCCUCCUCGUCCAAACAUGGCGCCGGCCCGCAGCUGUGCUGCUUCCCCGACAGACGACGCGGAGAGGGGCAGAGAGACGAGGAGAGGAAGCGGCUAGAAUCUCAGCCGGAACGCGUUUUAAAAACUCUUUAAAACUAACACGACUUGGCGCUCUUUCAGGUGUCCGCAGGAGACUUUACGCGCAGCUUUUGGAGACGUCUGCGCGUCAGGCUGUGCGCGUAACGGGGAGCCCACCUGUCCGACGAAGGUAGAUUUCGCUCCGUUUCCCCCUAGGAUGUGAAUCUUCCUGAUUUAUGGGAGCUAACGGCGCGGACUGAGCAGACAGACGGGCAACUCGGAGUCAGAGCUGGCUCUGGUAAAAACAUGUGCAGCCCUCUGAGGAGCAGAAACGCAGCGGCUGCAGAGGACUGAGUCUUUCCAGGGGAAAAAAAAAAAAACACCACUUUUUCCACCCUUCUACACCGAGGUGAUGGAUGGAGAACAUUCUGCGCUGUCAGGAGUUGAGAGGGAAAGAGAGAAGCUUCCACCAAUUUACAACAGCUCCCAUCCAGCUGGUUUUGGGCGAGGAGCCAAGCAGCCGUUUCCGUCUCUAGGCACCUUCAUCUCCACACUGAGCCAGAGGAGGGAUGCGGGGGGCCGGGGCUUGGCCGGUGGAUUGACGGGCACCCUGAACAGCACCCUGGGCCUCAGACACGGGAGAGAGCUGCCUCCGAUCUGUAGCGAUGUUCGUCAGAAGCAGCGCCUCUCCAUCGACACUCUGCCUCCAGAGGUCAAAGCUCCGUUCCCCUCCGACCCCGUCAUCCCCCUGCGUACCAAGACCACCAAGGAGUUCCAGGAGGACAUGGAGCGUGCCGUCCAAUCAGGUGACUGGAGGGAGGUCCGAGAGUUCUACCUGACCACCUUCGACUCCUUCAUAGAAAUCAAUGCUGCCUUCAAGCGAGAGGCGAAUGGAUCGUUUAACACCAUAGACGACUCAGGAGUCAACGCCAAGUUUGUCAACGCUGUUUACGACGCGCUGCUCAGCACACCUCAGGACAUCCAAAAGUCAGUGUUGAAAGGGAUCAUCAACAGCCUGCUGAGGGAGUGGAAAGGGCCUCGGACAAAAGAUGACCUGCGAGCUUAUUUCAUUCUCGUUCAGAACCCCCAGUAUUCAAGCACCAGCACUUAUGUGAUCUACGCUCACCUGCUGAGGCAGAUCGCAGCUUUGUCCGAGGCCGACCACCACUUCCUGGUUCACUGGCUCAAGAAGCUGUCGGCAAGGCGUUUCAGGCAGCUGGUAGAGCGCCUCCUGCAGUUCAUCUCCACCCGUCUGUUUCCUGCAGAACCAGACGAACUUCCUGCUCUGGCCAAGUGCUCCUGGUGGAUUCCCUCUGCUACCAAAGUGCUCAGCCUGUUCAACGCAGCCAACAGCGUCUCCUCUCCUCCCAUCAUGCCUUUCACGGACUUCUACAACAUCACUCUUGAGCACAUAGACUUCAUGGAGGAGUACAGGACCUGGCAGAACUAUGGCAACUCCAAUAGAUUUUCCUUCUGUCAGUUUCCCUUCAUCCUGUCAACGGUGGUGAAGAAAGCCAUCAUCCAGAAAGACUCCGAGCAACAGAUGAUCAGUCAGGCCAGGCAAAGCCUGGUCAGUAAGGUUUCUCGCAGGCAGAGAGUGGACAUGAACCUUCUGUUCCUCAACAUUAAAGUACGACGAGCACAACUCCUCAGCGACUCGCUGGAUGAGUUAAUGAGGAAGCGGUGCGACCUGAAGAAGAAGCUGCGGGUGACGUUUGUCGGGGAGGCGGGGCUGGACAUGGGCGGCCUGACGAAGGAGUGGUUCCUGCUGCUGGUCCGACAGAUCUUCCACACAGACUACGGAAUGUUCACCUACAUGAAGGACUCGCGCUGCCAUUGGUUCAGCAGUUGGAAGUGUGACAACUAUUCUGAGUUCCAAUUGGUCGGGACUCUGAUGGGCUUAGCCGUUUACAACAGCAUUGCUCUGGACAUCCACUUCCCUCUCUACUGUUACAGGAAGCUCCUCACUCCACCUACUGUACCAUGUGACCAAAAUGCCCUUGUUGGCAUGGCAAGCGCCACCCUGGACGACCUGCAGCAGAUCAUGCCAGAGCUGGCCCACGGUUUGGGAGAGCUGCUGAGCUACGAGGGAAACGUAGAGGAGGACUUCUACCUCACCUUCCAGGUUUUCCAGGAGGAGAUGGGCAUAGUCAAAUCCUACAACCUGAAGCCCGGAGGAGACAAAAUUCCCGUCACCAAGCAGAACAGGAAAGAGUAUGUCCAGCUCUACGUCGACUUCCUGCUGAAUAAAUCCAUUAAUAAACAGUUUGCUGCCUUCUACCACGGCUUCCACAGUGUGUGUGCCUCUGAUGCACUCAUGUUGCUGCGGCCGGAGGAGGUGGAGAUGUUGGUGUGCGGCAGUCCGGAGCUCGACAUGAGCGCCCUGCAGAAAGCCGCCCAGUACGAAGGGUACAGCAAGACCGACGGCACCAUACGCUGUUUCUGGGACGUGGUGUUGGCCUUCCCCCCGGAGCUGCAGAAGAAGCUCCUCCACUUCGCCACGGGAAGCGACCGUCCCGUCGGAGGAAUGGCCGACCUCAACUUCAAGAUCUCUAAGAUCGACGUCCCAACUGACUGGUUGCCGAUCUCUCACACCUGCUUUAAUCAGAUCUGUCUGCCUCCGUACCGAACCAGGAAGGAGCUCAAACACAAACUCACUAUCGCCAUCUCCAACGCCGAGGGCUUCGGCCUGGAGUGAUCAACCUACACACACACACACACCCCAUUAGCAAUGCUAGCUAUCUGUCCGCCACAACUACCACAACGCGCCUUUUGUUUCUCUGUGGUUUUGAGUCAGACUGUUGAGGGAACACGUUUCUCAACAAGCGAGUGGUUUUUGUCAAACAUUAUUGGAAUGGACUGUGAUGCAGUUUUUACAGCAACAUUGGAGUUGGACUUUGCCAAUGUUGAACUUUUUAAAUUUUGCAGCAGAUAAUAUGGGAGCCUCCUCCUGACACAACAAACACUAGAAAUUCUUUGAUUUGCACAUGGACUGCGUCAGUUCGAUUAUGAGACAACCCUGAAGAAAUACACGAGAACGAGUUCUGAUUUUUUGACAUAUCUCUAGGUGUCUCAUUGGAAAGAAAAAAAAAAAAAAAAAAAAAAGCCUAACUCUUAAAAUUUGUGUCUCAGCCUCACAAAAACUUUACGGGUCAGAUUCUAGUCACAGUUUCAUAAAUGUUAUUUCCAGUAUUUCUGGUCUCAUACUGUAUCAGGUCAUUUCCCCAGUGUUCUCUAGAACUCUUAUAUCACCAAAAUAAUAAACGUUGACAAAAUGUUGCUUGUUUGCUCAGGAAAUGAUCAAUAGUAGUAUUUUUAAAACAAAUGACCAGGUGUUUGCCCACCGCUGACAAAUGCUUUUGUGAAUCUCUCUUUAAUGGGGCCCUAUUUUAUGGUCCGGAUUAAACUGAGCUGAACAGAAAAUAAGGCAUGAGUUCAAGUUAGAAUUGCUCAAAUUACGUUUUUAAUAAGCAACAUUACAACCUUGAGUAUUCAGUAUGAAAUGAAUUCAAGUUUGAGGCAGGUUUUACGGCUGCAAUACGAAACAGCGCAAGUAAAGUAUGACGGUAAAAGGCAGAGGACGGGCUCAGUGAAAAAAUCUGAAUUGGAAUAUAAGACUUCUGGAGGGCACUCAGGUUUUGAGAUGUAUGGGUUGAAUAUUUCCUGUCUCGUGUUGGUUCUGGAUUCACUGCUUUGGUGACUUUGUAAAGCUCUUUUUAUGAAGGAAUAUUACAUGUGUUUGAUAUCAUUUUGCUUUGUUUGCAGCACACUGUCAGGGUAUUAAGCUUUGCUGGGAGAAGAAUACUAUCUUGUAUCAUGAGAUGUAGAUUGUCUUGUGAAUAGUUUUGUUAUUGUUGCUCUUUUGACAUUGCUGCCUGUUUAACUGAACAAAAAGGCAGCAGCAGAAAUGUUUGCGUUGUUGUUUGGAACGUUGUGAUAUCAUGACCCAGCUGAACCAGCUCAGCGUUUGUUUUGGUUCUCUUAUUUUUUUAUGUUGAGACUGAGAAGUGACCGGCUGCCUGCAGACGGACGCUGGUAGAUGUUGACUGUUGGAUGAAGCAGGAGACCACCUUCUGAAUCCUCUCCUCUACUGUUAUUAACAUGUUGCUGGUCGUUCUGGUUAUUUGAAUAUUGAGAUGUUUCAGCAUUCAUAGGCUAUUACAUCCCACUAAUCACGGCUCUGCGCGCAGCUUGAGUUUAGGCGCCCGUUUCUGACAUUCAGCGCUUACAAAUUUCCUUAUUGGACCACUAUUGGAAAUACAAACCCUCCGCAUGUCCUCAGAAAAUCCAAAAGAGCACAUGAUUUCUUCCUCAUUUAACUGUUGGAGCUCUGCUUUCAGGCCCUGUGCUCACUGUUUCCAGUGGUGGUCAGAAGUUAUAUUCCACUAAUAUUCACAAAAUUGUCAUUUAAAACUUUCUGCCUGCCUCGUUGCUUCAAGGAAACUAUCGUAGUGUAACUUUCAGUUGUUGAUGAUUGGCAUCCGUGACAAAAAACAGAACUCUGAUAAUCUGAGAGUGAGGAAGAAGAUCAUACUCCAUUUGUUUUUUUUUUUUUUAUCACCUGCGCUCUGUGUAAGUUGUGUUUUUACCUCCUGAUUGUGCUUCCUGUCAAGAUCAAAUUAUGCGACACUAUAAGCAGACAUGACUGUUUGUAGUUCUAGUGUUUUUGUUUGCGGAGAGCUUUUACUCAGUGUGUUUACGUGCACUUUGGUAACCGGGGUGCGCAGGUAAUCGGAGAAAUCGUCAUUCCCCAGGAGACAUCUAGCAGGGGAAACCAGGUUUUUCCAAACUCCUUACGGCGAUCACAGAAACCAGGUUUCUCAUUUACAGUACGUGACGUUCAAGAAGUCAGCUUACUGGAGAAAUCGGGCUGUAACCCAAGUAAUAAAUGCAUGUAAACACACUGAAUGCGAAGCAGCUACAGGAAGAUUCCACAGUAGCUUACGCAGCUUCAGACUUCAUCAGAGCUUUGAUAGAAUGGCAGUGAGCAUUGGCUUGCAUUUGAUCAUUUGUAGACCAAAUGUUAUGGAGGCUUUAACUUCCAGGAAAACGUUGGUAAUGCUGAUCUUAUCCCGCAUCAGAGGCUUCUGGGUAACCGAAUAAAGCCGCCACUGUUCCCAUCGCAAAUGUCCUGUUUGUCAGAUCAAAGUGCCCCUUCUCUCCCUUGAAAGAUGUUCCACUGGGUGACAGUUCUCAAUGAUUCUUCAGCGCCGCGCCCCGGCAUUGUUUCGUCAUGAAUCAUGUGAGAUUCAGAAGGCAGAGAUGUUAUUUCGCCGGGCCUGUGAAUCAGUAUCACUUGCAAACACUGGCUCAGGGCAUUACUGUAUGUAAUCAGACACCUCAUGGUUUAAGUGCCACGAAAUGCUGGUGGGCUCCAAGCUCCCUGCCGCUACUGUAGCUCUCCGGAACUUUGGUUGGUUUUCGUGCCACUGCCGUCUCUUGUCCGAAGCUGAGCAGCGCUGGUUUUGAAAAACUCAGUCUUAUGCAAGGUUGCCAUGGCAAGAUGUCUGAUGUCCGAAAGACGAACUGGCGAAAAAACCCCAGAAGUAACCAAGCAACAGUCGAGCAGCUUGUACGGCCGCACCAUUCACACUCAUUCACCCAGUCUCACUGAGCAUCUGUAGGGGUCUGAAAGAAAGCUCCUGAUACAACAGUGGGAGUUUUCUGUCAUUUAACGACUAGUCCAAAGCAGCAGCAGGGGCCAGAGGCGGCUCCUCUCCGGGCUUCUGGUUGAGACGGACUUCAUGCCACAUUCACAUCACGUUGGACUUAUCGUAAAAAACCAAGCUGCUGUCUGGAAAAAAUGUCAAAUGGUCAAAAAGGACACAUUUUAUGGCCUUGACGUGGGAGGCGUUGGAGGAGCAACUCAUCAUUGGACAAAUGGGAUAAUGUAAUGAAAAGUGUGUUUUGUUUUUUUUUUUUUAAAUGUUGAUCCGACCCAGGUCUGUUGUAUGUUAGUGGGACCAAACUGUGUCAGGUUAUACAGUGGGAUGGGGGCGUAAAGACCGUGUGGAAAAUCCGUUUGAAAAUAGUUCAAAUGGAUUCAGAGGAAUUUGAUGAGAUGUAAUUAUUUUCACUUGUCAGACGUGUGAAGUGACUGAAAUGUGCAGACGGCACUUAAAAGUAGAGAGAAGUCAUGAACUUCUCGUGUUUUUAUUAUUUAACAACUGUAAAGCUACAGGUUCAUCGGUAUCUGUCAAAUGUCUACACCUAGAUCUGGUGGGUUUUACCAUGAGUUGAACAUGCAUGACCCAUUUUUGAAACCUAAUAUGCUUCUCUGUUGCCCGAGUCUUAUAUAAUGUACUGUAUGUACUGCUGUGUUUCCACAUGUAUUUACAGUAAAAGCGGACAAGAGGUCGUUCC